UUUCGAGUUCCGAGUUUCAAACCCUCGCCUGCGCGCACCCGAAAGCAAUUCAAUUGUAUCCCAGUGAGUGAGGCUGGUGGCUGGCAGCGGCGAGCGACUCAUCUCCAUCGUACACGCAACUUUGUCCACACAAAAAAAACGCAGGGAUGGCAGCCAUCCGUAAGAAGCUGGUGAUAGUCGGGGAUGGAGCUUGUGGGAAGACCUGCCUCUUGAUUGUCUUUAGCAAAGACCAAUUCCCUGAGGUUUACGUCCCCACUGUGUUUGAGAACUAUGUGGCUGACAUAGAGGUGGACAGCAAACAGGUGGAGUUGGCGCUGUGGGACACGGCUGGUCAGGAGGACUAUGACAGGCUCCGACCUCUCUCCUAUCCAGACACUGACGUCAUUCUCAUGUGCUUUUCCAUAGACAGCCCUGACAGCUUGGAAAACAUUCCGGAGAAGUGGACACCCGAGGUGAAACAUUUCUGUCCCAAUGUUCCCAUUAUUCUGGUCGGGAACAAGAAAGACCUGCGCAAUGAUGAGCACACGCGCCGCGAGCUGGCUAAGAUGAAACAGGAGCCUGUGAAGUCUGAAGAGGGCCGGGAAAUGGCAGUCCGGAUUGCAGCAUUUGGCUACAUGGAAUGCUCUGCCAAGACCAAGGAUGGCGUACGAGAGGUGUUUGAGAUGGCCACAAGGGCGGCGCUGCAGGCACGCCGCAGAAAAAAUAAUGGUAAAUGUGCGCUGCUGUGAAGUGGCGCAUAUCUUGGAACAAUUCGGACCUGGCCCAGUUGUACCCUGUGGCCUGGGAGGGAAUGGAGGCAUUACUAGACGAGAGUGGGAGGGACGACUGGACUGCUGUUAAGGAGACUGAAUUCACCCUGGGACUUUUGGUUUGGGCGGCUUUGAUGGAGAGGGAUUGGGGCGGGGUUGGAAAGGUAUACCAUUGGACUCUUUGUGGGCUUGCUGCAAAAAGGGGGGCACUGCACACCAGCCAAAGACAGCUACGGCAUGUCCGCCCCCUCGCCCCUCCUUGAAGGUUAUUAAGAGAUCUUUGCUGAAAAUCAUGUGAUUCUUCAAGGUUAGUUUCCUUCCUGGAUGACUUGACAGGUCAGUGUGUGCCAGAAGUAUGGUUAAGAAUGGCUUUUAACCCCAAAUGUGGAACUAAUCACAUUUCAAUUCAGUUUAUGAGCCAAAGUGGACAAAUCCAUGGAUAUAUUAAAUGGGGGUGGGGGUUAUUCCUAGAGUUUUAAUAUAAUAUUUGGCUGUAAACAUGUUUUUAAGAUUUUCCCUGGGGUGUCGCGUCCCCGUCACAUGUCCCAGAGCCAAGAGGUCCGUCAGCAAGGCUAAUCCUGUGCUUACAGACUCGCUAUGUCCGCACACUGAGACCUCAGCCCGCUUUCAGCUAUAUGUUGCAAUUGACACAUCGCUAUCAGUUACUGCAUUCAGUGUUAGGAUGCAACCUUCAUUUGACCCCUGCGGUGUAAUAUGAUGUGCCCACAGCUUUUACAAGUGUUGCCAAUUUAAAGCUACUACGUAAAUCACGACAACCUGCCUCAAAUCUCCUCUCAUGGCCUCGUCCCUCACACCCAUUCCUCCCUUCUUUACCACAAAGUCCGACUGCCGGUGUGGAUCAAGAACAAGGAGAGUUUUGCAUCUAUAUGCACACCAUUCAUGUCUUAGACCCAGGAGGACAUCUUUGUUUUCAUUUCUCAAAAAACUGACAAAAUUUUGGAACCUCAUUACUUUAAGGGUAUUUUUUCAAACAGAAUUCAAGAGUGUUUUUAAUUCCAAAAAUGCUAACGGUGGCCUGUUAAGUAUUCUCUCUUACAAUUGUCGUUCUUCCUGACUGACAUGGAGUUUAAUCCAGAAACCUACUCUUGUAUUGUUAUAUGCUACUUUAAAAAUGUCCUGAAUAUAUUGUCUGUCAGUAUUUAAGAGAAAGGGAAAAAACAAGAGGUGGGACAUUAGCUGUUGCUUGCUUUAUCGGAAUUCUCCUGUUAUUUACACUUGGUGGCCUGUCGGUCAUCCCGGGAGAAAGGCUGGAUUACUGCAAUGUCCAUGUUUUUGUCUCGAAACUGAAAAGACAAAAUCAAGAGUUAAAAACAAGGCCUCCUUAUGUACAAAUCAUUGUUAUUUCUUGUUUUAUUGAAUGUUCAAAAUCCUAACAUUCUUUUGAAUGCUGAAGUUAAAAAAAAACAACAGGGAAACCACGCUGUAUGCAACGUUUGUAAAUAUGAAUGAUGGGUCUUGUUCCUACUUGACGACACACGCACAGGACUGGAAACUGUAUUUGUAAAGUAGCUUUGGUUUGUGUAAUAAAUUACUUUCUAUAA